AUGACGAGCAUUCAUGUAGCGCUGCUGGGCCCGCUCUUCGUAGUCGUCGGCUACGGACUCAUUCUGGGCAUCGCAUUCGUCCACUUUACCAAGUUUUUACCAGCAAACAGCUCGGGGCACUUGAUACUGAGCACCUUCCUGGCCUCGGAGCUGCUGUUACAAUACUCGCUGGCCAUCUGGAUUGACCCUGGCUACCCGCGCAGGGCACAUCACUGUCGCGAGUGUCGACGAUGCGUCUACGAGAUGGAUCACCAUUGCCCGUGGAUUAACAACUGUGUUGGGUACUACAACUACCGCCACUUUUGGCUGCUGCUACUGUACAUCUGGGUGAGCUGUUUAUAUGUGGCGAUGCAGUCGGCUGGGCUCUUUGUAGCGACGUUUAAGACGAGUGCGGAUGAGGCUUCCGCUGCACGAGAGAGAGUGGUGUUGGACCGGUUUAAAGUGCUGUUCUCGUUCAUGGCUACAAGUGUAGUAGGUGUGGUGAUAUGCUGCUACUGGGGGUGGCACGUCUACUUGGUACUUACGGAGCAGAGCACGAUUGAGUUUAUGCAGCGCGAAGGAGAGAGGAUACGACUCUCCGUUAGUUUUGCGUCUGUACGUCACGCUCUUGGACGACUACUAGGCAGGCAGGACGCGUUGUGGUUUACUGCGCUCGUAUUGCCACCAUUUGAACGUCGAGUGCCACCUAAGUACAUGCAGAAGCGGGCGAGGGCAGCUUCGACGACUGUAUAA